AAAAUAACCCGAUUAAAAAAAUUGAUUACUCGGCAAAAUUAGGGAUUCUUUAUAAUCAGGAUCCCCAACCCUAUUUUCCCUCUUUCACCCUGAUCUCCAUAUUCCAUUCAGACAGAACCCAGAAAUUUUCCUAUCUCAAAUCACAAGCUUAACAGUUAUGGAAGAUCAUCAAAUCAGUGGAGACAACAUCAAGAACCUGAAGCCAAGGCAGUUACAGCUAUUCGUUAAACUUCUCAAUGGCAAAACUUUAUCUCUUCAAUUCCCUACCCCACAAGUCGAAGUCGGCUCCAUCAAGCACCGAAUCCAGAAAAUUACCCAAAUACCUAUCAAUUUUCAGCGUCUGAUUCAUGGUCAUCAACUCAAGGACGAUUCGGUAAUUUCUCACGCCAACGCCACCCUCAACCUCACCUUCCGUCUUCUUGGUGGAAAAGGAGGAUUCGGAUCGCUGCUACGUGGCGCAGCCACAAAGGCCGGGCAAAAAAAGACGAGCAAUUUCGAGGCGUGCCGAGACAUGAGUGGAAGGAGGCUGAGGCAUGUCAAUGCUGAGAAGAGGUUGGAAGAGUGGAAGGCGGAGGAGGAAGAGAGGAAGUUGGAGAAGAUCGCAGAGAAUUUUAUAAAGAAAAAGGCAAAAACUGGGAAAAAGGGGGUUGGAGAUGGAGAGGCCGAGAAGUAUGUGGAAAAGUACAGGGAGGAGUCAGCGAGGUGCGUGGCGGUGGUUGAAGAGUCCGUUAGGGCAGCGUGCCGGAAUGCAAAGCAGAAGGCGGUGCCAGGAGGAGCUGACCCCAAAAGAUUGAAAAUUUGGUUGGGAAAGAGGAAAUUGAAUGAGAGUGAUAGUGAUAGUGAUGAUAGCAGUGAGGAUGAAGAUGAUGAGGAAAAUGAGAAAUCUGUAGUUUUGAACAAUGGGAAUGAUUCAGAUUCUAGUAAGGGAACUGAGGGGAGUUCUGCUUCAAUUUCUGGAGGAAGACAGGAUGGAGAUUUUUCAGGUGGAGUCUCAAGUGAGAGUGGUUCUGAGGAAGAGAAAAAGAUUGCUCUGCAGCAAAGCUCGGAAUCUGGUGGGGAAGAUGCUAAUGCCAUGAUUGAAGUCGAACCAAAGGUUUAUGAAGAGAAGGCUGCACGGUGUGCAAAUGUAGCCUGCAUGGAUUUAGAUGUGAUUGCUGGAAGUGAAGCAGUUCAACCUGAGAUGUUGGAACAUAAUGGAACUAACAUUGAAGAUCAGGAGGAAAUAGCUAGUCAGCCUCUCAGUGUUCCACUUGCAGAUAACGAAGCUGUUGGAAGCCAACUGAUUGAUGAAGUCAAUUGUUCUUCUAAUGCAAAAUCAGAAGUUCACAAAGAAACGGUCGUUUCAAAUACUAAUGUGGCAGAACUAGAAAAGCCAUUUAACUUUGAUGACUUCAAUUCUCCAGAAGAGAUGGAGGUUCUUGGAUUGGAGAGGUUGAAAUCGGAACUGCAGGCACGUGGUCUAAAAUGCGGGGGUACUUUGCAAGAACGAGCUGCCCGUCUUUUCCUGCUAAAAUCUAUCCCUUUAGAUAAGCUUCCAAAGAAGCUGCUUGCAAAGAAAUGAAAACCUAUGUAGUAGGCUUCAUCUCACGUUAUAGUAUUGUUAAGGAGUUUCAUUUUGUCAAACCAAGAAUUGAUUAUAUUUUUUUGUUCUGUUUAAUAUUUGUAUGACAUGGUAUUUGUAAGAUGAAACCCUGUUAUCUAAGGAGAUUGUGACAGUCUGUGCUCUUUUUUAAUAAAAUGGAACAACAAAUGGUUGCUAUAAA